AUGGUGUUUAGGAGUGUCUCCCAGGACUCGCCCGUGACGUCUGCGGGGGGCCAGGUCGCCUGUUCGCAGUAUGUUAGGAGUUUCCUGGGCGGCUCGCCCGACGCACCAGCGGCUGAGGUUGUCGGGUCCCGUGCCCGCCCGGGGCGAUGCUUUGCGUCCGGCUCCGGGGGGCCUCCGCGCCCACCGGCACCGCUGGAGUCUGUGGAUCGAUGGCCGCUGGCCACAAUCGACACUCAGAUUCCCGGGGGAGCCGCCCCGCGGGAGCCGCCGUUCGUCGGCGUUGUCCGCGGGGUCCGGUCCCCCCACCCGAGGGCCGUAUGCCGCAGCCUGCCGGCGUCCGCGAGGGCGCCCGGGUUCAGGAACACCUGCGUGCGGACCGGCACUGAGGGGCUUUGUGGGGGCAAAUGGAUGGUCUCGCUGUGUCCCCCCCGGUACGCCGGGGGAGCCGCCGGGGCCGGGCGCCGCCGUGCGCCCCUUCCACCUAGCAACUACUGGCCCUCCCCUCCGCGGGGGGUGGUCGUGGGCAUCGGGUUCCCCUCCCCGGGGGCAUUCCUACCUUGGUAG